AUGUCAACAAUCUUUAUAGGGCAAAUUUCUAUCCGGACAUCGGCUCAGGCCUCGCCCAGCCAUACCAAUUCCUAUCCGGAAAACCGCCUCCGGCAUUUCGCCAAAAUAGCAAAAUUUCUAUCCGGACAGACCUACGGGAUUUCAAAAAAUUUCUCAUCCCGAAUUGGCAUGCACUGUGGGCUCAGUGGCUUCAGCGCGUAUCAUCUCUCAUUGCAUCGGUUUUUGCCAAAGAAACAGAACAAAAAACCCAUUCUCCGCCCUUGCGCUCCCGAGUCCCGAUCCCACAUCACCUUAGACAUGGCGGCGCUCGCUCAGCUCGUAGAUUAUGUGGCUGCAGAACGACUUGCUACGCGAUACCUGCCUUUCUGUGACUCGAUUUUUCUCUGUCUAACUCACCAAUUGGCGAUAAAUAUCGACCCAUAUGGUUGCCAUAUCGUUGAAACGAUACGAGGAUGGUUGAUGGUUUUUGGCUUUGCUUUGUCUGAAGGUGCCAAUUCUCUUCGUUUUACACUAUCUGAUGUGCCUAAUGGUUGCUUUCUCACCAGCGCAAAUCGCAUCGUGUAUUUGGAUUAUGUUGUAUUGAUGAUUUACGAAGCCGUAAUACUGGUCUUGAUGAUGAUUCCUGGAAUUGCUUCCUGGAUAAUAAUGUAUAUCUACCUUUUUGUCAACGUCGUAGUCCUGUGCGCGCUCUCUUUAUUUCUAAGUACGUUUAUGUUCUGCCUCUACGUGCGAAAUGACUGA